CUCCGCCGGAAGAAGAAGCGGAAAAGAGACCGCCCUCCCAGAGGAAGGCAAGUCUUUGGCUGGAGAGACUGAGCAGCCCGCGCGGGGCUGGCGACCAGUAGCAGUACGGGGGCGGGGCUUCAUGCCGGAAGUGAUCGUUCUCAUUUGUUUCGGUGGGCAGUGCAGCAGGUGGGAUAUGCAGCGACCACCUGCGGAAGGAACGGAAGGGAAGGUUAGAGGUACUAAGGCGGUUUGGAGCUGCAGCUGAGCAGCUGUCGCACAGUCAGAUCAUGGGCUUGACCAAGCAUUGGGGCGAAUGGUUCCUGAACCUGAGGGUGGCCCCCGCCGGCGUGUUUGGUGUGGCAUUUCUAGCCAGAGUCGCCCUGGUUUUCUAUGGGGUCUUCCAGGACCGGACCCUGCACGUGAGGUAUACGGAUAUCGACUAUCAGGUGUUCACCGACGCCGCGCGCUUCGUCACGGAGGGGCGCUCGCCUUACCUGAGAGCCACUUACCGUUACACCCCGCUGCUGGGUUGGCUCCUGACUCCCAACAUCUACCUCAGCGAGCUCUUUGGAAAGUUUCUCUUCAUCAGCUGCGACCUCCUCACCGCUUUCCUCUUGUACCGCCUGCUGCUGCUGAGGGGACUGGGGCGCCGCCAGGCUUGUGGCUACUGUGCCUUUUGGCUUCUUAACCCCCUGCCUAUGGCAGUAUCCAGCCGAGGUAAUGCAGACUCGAUUGUCGCCUGCCUGGUCCUGAUGGUGCUAUACUUAAUAAAGAAAAGACUCGUCGCGUGUGCAGCUGUAUUCUAUGGUUUCGCGGUGCAUAUGAAGAUAUAUCCGGUGACUUAUAUCCUUCCUAUAACCCUUCACCUGCUUCCAGGUCGCGACCAUGACGAAAGUCUCCGUCAAUCCCGGUGUUCUUUCCAGGCUCGUUUGUACGAGCUCCUGAAGAGGCUGUGUAAUCGGGCUGUGCUGUUGUUUGUAGCAGUUGCUGGACUCACGUUUUUUGCCCUGAGCUUUGGUUUUUACUAUGAGUACGGCUGGGAAUUUUUGGAGCACACUUACUUUUAUCACCUGACUAGGCGGGAUAUCCGUCACAACUUUUCUCCGUACUUCUACAUGCUGUAUUUGACUGCAGAGAGCAAGUGGAGUUUUUCCCUGGGAAUUGCAGCGUUCCUGCCACAGUUCAUCUUGCUUUCAGCUGUGUCUUUCGCCUAUUACAGAGACCUCGUCUUUUGUUGUUUUCUUCAUACGUCCAUUUUUGUGACUUUUAACAAAGUCUGCACCUCCCAGUACUUUCUUUGGUACCUCUGCUUACUGCCCCUUGUGAUGCCACUAAUAAGAAUGCCUUGGAAAAGAGCUGUAGUUCUCCUAAUGUUAUGGUUUAUAGGGCAGGCCUUAUGGCUGGCUCCUGCCUAUGUUCUUGAGUUUCAAGGAAAGAACACCUUUCUGUUUAUUUGGUUAGCUGGUUUGCUCUUCCUUCUUAUCAACUGUUCCAUCCUGAUUCAAAUUAUUUCCCAUUACAGAGAAGAACCCCUGACAGAGAGAAUUAAAUACGACUAGUGUUAUGUUCCAGACUUUAUUUUUUCUGAACAUUCUAAGAACUCUAGUGAAAGUUCCCCUGUUCCAACAGAAGUUAAAACCAAUGGUUGCCUAUAUAUAAAAGGG